UCCUAGAGACAGCUCGGCACUUCCGAGCCUCUCGCGAGGACGGAGGUCACAGACCCUAGAAACAACUCCGCUAGCCUCCCUCAGCCCCAACUUCCGGUGCGCCCACUCUUGGUCACCCUUGUGGGGUGAUAUGCGUUUUCCCGGCCUGUGUCGCUGUCCACGGAGACGAGGGAUCCCGGUGGCCCAGUGUCCUCUGCCGAAGACCUCCCCUGCUCAGUGGGUCCCCGGCGAGCCCCCUUCCCGCAAAACCUCGCCUUCGCCCGCCAACUGGACUGGUGGGUCACGCUGGCCGCCGCCUAGGUGCGGUCGCCGCGGGUGCCUCUGGGAGUUGUAGUCCGGACGGGCGCGCUGACGCACUACACCGCGGGCCCUUUGGCGCCAUUGCGGGGCGCGCGCCUGAACUCUACCCACUCAGGAGGGAAACGUAGAGAGAAAUAUGGCCCUCAGGCCUUCGCCAUCCUGGUCUAAUGAACCAGUGACCUUUGAAGAUAUAGCACUGACUUUUACCCUGGAAGAGAAGGGACUGCUGGACGUCCCACAGAAGUCCUUAUACAGGGAAGUGAUGCUGGAAAACUACAGAAACCUGGUCUCAGUGGAACUUCAUCAUUCCAAGCCAGAUGUGGUAUCACAGUUAGAGAAAGCAGAAGACUGCUGGCCAGUGGAGAGAGAGAUUCUUCAAGACCCCUUUCCAGAAUGUUCUGGGGCUACACGAGUACCUCAGUUGGGUCAUCCUUCUGAGAAUCCCCUGAAAAAGAUCAAAGUUGUUGAAGUUCUUACCCUGAACCAAGAGGUGGCUGGUCCCCGGAAUGCUCAGAUUCGUGCCCUCUAUAGUGAAAAUGGAGGCCAUAACCCAGUCCAACAGCUGUGCAGACAUCCAUCUGACACUGAAGCCAUUCGCCAGAAAUUUCGACACUACCAGUAUGAGAAGUCAACUCAGCCUCAGGAGGCGAUUGCUCAGCUUCGUGAGCUAUGUCACCAAUGGCUACAGCCUGAGCUGCAUUCCAAGGAGCAAAUCAUGGAGUUGCUGGUGCUGGAGCAGUUCCUGGGUACUCUCCCUACACAGCUGUACUUGUGGGUGAAAUCACAGCACCCAAAGGACUGCCAAGCAGCAGUGGCACUGGUGGAAGCAGUACUUGCCUGCUCUUCUGAGGCCACUGUUCCACAGAAGAAGGAAAGGGAGGAUGUGGCCAUCUUGCCAGUGGAGGUGCAGCCUGAGGAGCCAGUGACCUUCCAGGACGUGGCUGUGGACUUCAGCCAGGAGGAAUGGGUACUGCUGGGCCCGAUGCAGAGGACUGAGUACCGAGACGUGAUGCUGGAGACCUUGGGGAACCUGGUCUCUGUAGGGUGGGAGACUACAUUGGGAAGCAAAGAGUUAACUACCAAUUCUGCCAUUCCUGUGGAAGAAGCAGUUCAUGACCUAAAAACAAAAACAUUUUCAAGGGAUAAUACCAACUCUUCUUCCUUGGAUGUUGUACGAGGCAAGGUACAAGAAGUCCCAGAUACAGUGUUGAAACAAGUGGAGUUCACCCAAGAACAAAGCCUCUCUCAAAAGCAGCUUGCUAAAAGCCCAGAAUCCCAGGCAAGCACUUGUCUCCACAAGAGUCAGGGUUCACUCCAAGACAUUCCUUCCAGAAAGUGCUUGCGCAAACGUAGCCUUCGGGUUAAAAGCACAGUAGGUGGUCCACAGGUAAAAGCCCACCAGAAGGACUGUAGAGUGGGUAAAGCCAAGAAGAGCAGCAGUUGUGUGGCACAUGGCUCCCAUGGGAAAAUUCAACAAAAGGACUCUAAGGGAAGAAAGGCCAAGGAAAGCAGUGGUUUUAGAAAAACAGUAUGCCAUCGAGCUCAGCAGAUUACUUUUAUAAGAAUUCACAAAGCAGGGAGCCAAGCUUGCCGAUGCAGCGAAUGUGGUAAGAUGUUCCGGAACCCAAGAUACUUUUCUGUACAUAAAAAGAUCCACACAGGAGAAAGGCCCUAUGUGUGUCAGGACUGUGGGAAAGGGUUUGUGCAGAGCUCUUCCCUCACACAGCAUCAGAGAGUCCAUAGUGGGGAGAGACCAUUUGAGUGUCACGAGUGUGGGAGGACAUUCAAUGACCGCUCAGCCAUCUCCCAGCACCUGAGGACUCACACGGGAGCCAAGCCCUACCCAUGUCAGGACUGUGGGAAAGCAUUCCGUCAGAGCUCCCAUCUCGUCAGGCACCAGAGGACUCACACUGGAGAGCGCCCCUAUGUGUGCAGUAAAUGUGGAAAGGCCUUCACACAGAGCUCACAUCUUAUUGGGCAUCAGAAAACACACAUAGGGAAAAGGUAUAGGAAGAAGUAGCCCAGUUCUUAGCUAUUAAGCCUGUGGAAGCAUUGCUGAUCCUCCUGCCUCAGUCUCCUGAUUACUAGGAUAUUAUGGGUAUGCACCAUUAUUCAUGGUGAGAAGCUUAGAUAAGCCGAGUGAGUGAGUAGGGAGUUGCUAAUGAAUAUUUUAGCUUUUUUUGUUGUUGGUGGUGGUGGUGGUUAUAGACUUGAACUCAGGUCCUGGUAGCUAUCCUUGAGCUGUUUUUGCUC